GUCAGUCCGCGAGCGCCGAUGACGAGAAUGGUCCCGUUCUGGUUCUCGCCGCCGAGCUCGAGCCCGGGCCCAAGUCUCGCGAGAGGGAGCCCGGUGGGCUGCUGAGGCAGUGGCUGAGGCGGACGAGGAAGGGCGGGCGGCGGCGGCGGAGGAGGAGGAGGAGAAAGAGGCGGCGGCGGCGGCGGCUGAGGCGACUGAGACUGGGGAGUCCGAAGGGGGGAAGCCGGUGCUGGUGGCGGUUGCCCUCGGGGGUGGGGUGCGAGGGGUGUCGCCUUCGUCGUCACCAUCCUCCUCCCCGUCGCCCGUGAGGGAGGCGCCGGCGGCCUCCGGCCCGGCCCGCCCUCCCCGCCUCCCUUCGGCCCUCCCCGCACCGGAGCGGACUGGGCGGGCGCAGGCCGGGCGAGGGGCCUUGGCGGCAGCGGCAGCGACAUCGGCCACGGAGGACGAGGAGGACCUGAAGGUGAUCCAUGCUGAAAAGGCUCCAUUCAUACAGAUGAGCCCAGGGUCGAGGUGGCACUUUAAACCCAGAUAGUCGGUUGGCUAACUGCCCAGCAGAAUGCCAUCCACCAGCCGAGCGGGCAGCCUGAAGGACCCCGAGAUUGCAGAGCUCUUCUUCAAAGAAGAUCCAGAGAAGCUCUUCACGGAUCUCCGAGAGAUCGGCCAUGGAAGCUUUGGAGCUGUUUAUUUUGCACAUGAUGUGCGCACCAAUGAAGUGGUGGCCAUCAAGAAAAUGUCUUACAGUGGGAAGCAAUCCAACGAGAAAUGGCAGGAUAUCAUUAAAGAAGUCAAGUUCCUACAAAGAAUUAAACAUCCAAACAGUAUAGAAUACAAAGGCUGCUAUUUGCGGGAGCAUACAGCAUGGCUUGUUAUGGAAUACUGUUUAGGAUCAGCAUCAGAUUUAUUAGAAGUCCAUAAAAAGCCAUUGCAAGAGCUGGAAAUUGCUGCAAUUACCCACGGUGCUCUCCAAGGUUUAGCAUACUUGCAUUCUCACAACAUGAUCCAUAGAGAUAUCAAGGCAGGAAACAUCCUACUGACGGAACCAGGCCAGGUGAAACUCGCUGACUUCGGAUCUGCUUCCAUAGCAUCUCCUGCCAACUCAUUUGUGGGGACACCAUAUUGGAUGGCCCCGGAAGUGAUUUUAGCCAUGGAUGAAGGGCAAUAUGAUGGUAAAGUCGACGUGUGGUCACUUGGGAUAACGUGUAUUGAAUUAGCGGAAAGGAAGCCUCCCUUGUUUAAUAUGAACGCAAUGAGUGCCUUAUAUCACAUAGCGCAGAAUGAAUCCCCUACACUCCAGUCCAAUGAAUGGUCUGAUUAUUUUCGAAACUUUGUAGAUUCUUGCCUCCAGAAAAUCCCCCAAGACAGGCCUACAUCGGAGGAGCUCCUGAAGCACGUGUUUGUCCUCCGGGAGCGCCCUGAGACAGUGUUAAUAGACCUGAUCCAGAGAACAAAGGAUGCAGUCAGAGAACUGGACAAUCUUCAGUAUCGCAAGAUGAAGAAACUCCUCUUCCAGGAGGCGCACAACGGUCCCGCGGUGGAAACCCAGGAGGAAGAGGAGGAGCAAGACCACGGCAUGGGCCGGACGGGAACAGUGAACAGCGUCGGGAGCAACCAGUCCAUCCCCAGCAUGUCCAUUAGUGCCAGUAGCCAAAGCAGUAGUGUUAAUAGUCUUCCAGAUGCCUCGGACGACAGGAGCGAGCUGGACAUGAUGGAGGGUGACCACACGGUGAUGUCCAACAGCUCUGUCAUCCACUUGAAGCCGGAGGAAGAAAACUACAGGGAGGAUCCGGACCCUCGAUCGAGAGCAUCGGAACCCCAAGUGUCUCCACCCCAAGUGUCUCGCCACAGAUCCCACUACCGCAACCGAGAGCACUUUGCUACCAUACGCACAGCGUCGCUGGUGACGAGGCAGAUGCAGGAGCACGAGCAAGACUCGGAGCUCCGGGAGCAGAUGUCCGGCUACAAGCGGAUGCGGCGGCAGCACCAGAAGCAGCUGAUGGCUCUGGAGAACAAGCUGAAGGCCGAGAUGGAUGAGCACCGCCUACGGCUGGACAAGGACCUGGAGACCCAGCGCAACAACUUUGCAGCAGAGAUGGAGAAGCUCAUCAAGAAGCACCAGGCGGCAAUGGAGAAGGAGGUAGGGGGCAGCUGCUUCCGCACAGCUUCUCCGGCGAAAAUCAUGGCCAACGAGGAGAAGAAGUUUCAGCAGCACAUUCAAGCCCAGCAGAAGAAAGAGCUGAACAGCUUCCUGGAAUCCCAGAAAAGAGAGUAUAAACUGCGCAAGGAGCAGCUCAAGGAGGAGCUGAACGAGAACCAGAGCACUCCCAAGAAGGAGAAGCAGGAGUGGCUGUCCAAGCAGAAGGAGAACAUCCAGCACUUCCAGGCGGAGGAGGAGGCCAACCUGCUCCGGCGGCAGCGGCAGUACUUGGAGCUGGAGUGCCGCCGCUUCAAACGGCGGAUGCUGCUGGGGCGCCACAACCUGGAGCAGGACCUUGUCCGGGAGGAGCUGAACAAGCGCCAGACGCAGAAGGACCUGGAGCAUGCCAUGCUGCUGCGCCAGCACGAGUCCAUGCAGGAGCUGGAGUUCCGGCACCUCAACACCAUCCAGAAGAUGCGCUGCGAGCUCAUCCGGCUCCAGCACCAGACAGAGCUCACCAACCAGCUGGAGUAUAACAAGCGGCGGGAGAGGGAGCUGCGGCGCAAGCAUGUCAUGGAGGUGCGGCAGCAGCCCAAGAGCCUCAAGUCUAAAGAGCUCCAGAUCAAGAAGCAGUUCCAGGAUACGUGCAAGAUCCAGACCCGGCAGUACAAGGCCCUGCGGAACCACCUGCUGGAGACCACCCCCAAGAGUGAGCACAAGGCUGUCUUGAAGAGGCUCAAGGAGGAGCAGACCCGAAAGCUGGCCAUCCUUGCAGAGCAGUAUGACCACAGCAUAAACGAGAUGCUCUCCACGCAAGCUCUGCGAUUGGACGAGGCGCAGGAAGCAGAGUGCCAGGUCUUGAAGAUGCAGCUGCAGCAGGAACUGGAGCUGCUCAAUGCCUAUCAGAGCAAGAUCAAGAUGCAGGCAGAGGCUCAGCACGACCGGGAGCUGCACGAGCUGGAGCAGCGGGUGUCUCUGCGCAGGGCCCUCCUUGAGCAGAAGAUCGAGGAGGAGAUGCUGGCCUUGCAGAACGAGCGCACGGAGCGGAUCCGAAGCCUGCUGGAGCGCCAGGCCCGGGAGAUUGAGGCGUUUGACUCGGAGAGCAUGCGGCUGGGCUUCAGCAACAUGGUCCUCUCGAACCUCUCCCCAGAGGCGUUCAGCCACAGCUACCCGGGAGCUUCCAGCUGGUCCCACAACCCUUCUGGGGGCGCAGGGCCCCACUGGGGUCACCCCAUGGGUGGUCCGCCGCAGGCGUGGGGCCACCCAAUGCAGGGCGGCCCCCAGCCCUGGGGUCACCCCUCUGGGCCCAUGCAGGGAGUCCCCCGGGGGAGCUCGCUGGGGGUCCGCAACAGCCCCCAGGCUCUGAGGCGGACGUCCUCCGGGGGACGGACGGAGCCAGGCAUGAGCAGGAGCACGAGCGUCACGUCGCAAAUAUCCAAUGGGUCACACAUGUCUUAUACAUAAUAGCUUCGAGAGGUCUGUCCCUGAGGGUGGCAAGUCCACUGGAGCUGUCUGCCAACAGAAGCUGCCAAGGGGCAACCCCACCCCCCUCCCCGGGAGCCCAGACCCGGGCAGCACGGACUCCGGGUGCCUACUGGCGAGCGUGUUCAUUUCGGGCAGCAUUUAAUGUUUUGGGUUUACUAAUUGGGAUGUCAUAGUAUUUGGCUGCAGAGUCUCUCUUAGCUUCUUUAAGAAAAAGGAAAGAUUAUUUUAAAGAAAGCGGUUUGGAGUCUGGGAGAGAGGUGCUGCUUUUUCAGUGGCAAGGGGUCAGGGGAGGCCAUUCUCUCUUAACGGAAGGAAGGAAGGAAGGGAGGGUCUUCCCUAGCCCAAGCUCCUGGUGAAUUAGGCACAUUGGGAGGGCAAACCCUGUGGGUUCUUGCUUUGCUCUCUCUGUAUUUAAAUGCCCCUCACCUCUCCCUGCUUCAUUGGGGGCCAGUCUCUUGCUACAAAGGGACUCGGGGGGGAGGUGUGCCACUAAAGAGAGGAGGUCCAGGAGGGCGAGGAGAACCGCGCCUGCUGAUAGAAGCUGGGGGGGGGGAGAAAGGGGGCAAGCAGACAGCUCUGGACACCCCACCCCCCUGCUGGCGCAUGCUGUCUCCCCGUUGCACUAAGGUGAAGCCGCUCACUUGGAGCACACCUGAUCGCUUGGACAGAACUGCACUAGUCAAAUGCACCUGCUAGAAACCUGUUUGCAGUUCAGCCCAACAGGCUGUGUUGUGUGUGUGUGUGUGUGUGUGUGUGUGCGCGUGUGUGUAUGGUUGUGUGGUUGCUAGAGGGGGAAGAGGCAAGGCCAGGGAGGGUCUGCUGUUUUCUAGCUUAAUACUGUGACAUCUCACGUUAGUCAAGCAUCAGAACAAUUCGAGAGGCGCCCGGGAUCGUACCCCACUCCCCUGCCUGCCUGCUCUGCUCUUCAGAAACUUCUAUAUAUUAAAAAAAAAGACUUUCAGCCAGCCAGUCCAAAUUUCCAGAGGUAUUGUGAUUGAUGCCAUAAGUUUCAGACAUGCCAUUUAGGGCAGGCAAGGAGAUCUCUCUCCUUUCUGACACUACAUAUUUUAUUUUAUUUUUUGCCAGAUUUUUUUUUGGGGGGGGGCUAACCUUGGGCUUGCCACAGUUUUUUCCUCGUUUACAUGUAAAGCUGUAGCCAACGUGUUUCCGAGUGUGUUUUAGUUGCCAUGGGGGGGGUGUUUUCGCCUCUCUUGCCCUGCUGCUGACCAGCCUGUUAAGCUGCCUCCAUUGACGUUUUACGCUACAUGCGACCCGUCCUUCGCAUGAGUUCCCGAGAGGUGGGGGACACCCCCCGCACCGUUUUUAAAGCCAUUUGCGACUGCUUUUGGUGACCUUUUGCCCAGAGGCUCUGCUUCCAAAAGCCACUGUGCAUGCUCACACACACAUGUAGAUUUCUGGGGCUGGCGGCUGGAGAAGAAGGUUUUUGGGAGAGCUAGACACGCCCCUCUCCUUUUGCGCUCAGGAUCUUUGGGACCUCAGUUGCCAAGGCAGCAAAAGAGGUACUGUGACUCGCGUCAAGCCAGGGGCUAAGCAGAGAGCAGCUUGGCCCAAGGUUACGAGAAAAUGAAAAGAAAGAGAUUCUCCUCACUACAGGAGCUGCUUCCCUUGGCUGUUCGUUGUAAAAAAAAAAAUUAAAAAUUCCCUUGCACAUUUAAGCAAAUGAAACACUAGCUAACUAACUCUAGAAUUUUUUAUUUUGCCUUUUAACACAUCUUAUAGGGCUCAGAAUUGCAAGGUUUCUUCCGAAUGUGUUUGGUGUCCAACGCGACAUCUUUGUAUAGAAAAAUACUCUAAUGUCUUUCACACUGCAGCUCAGUUCUUUUUUUUUUAUCAGUGUGACUUCUUUUUUAAAAAAAAAAAAAUCUUAGCUAAAUUAAAAAACAACCACUCCAGAUCCUUAAUCUAUCUCCCUCCCUCCCUCCAGAUCUUUGGUUGAUCAUAGCACUGGGAACAAGCAGGAGGCCACUAAGCCAAAUCAGCCCCUUCCAGGGGGGUGGAAAUGGGUGGGGAGAAUCUUGACUUGGGCACCAUUGUCCUAGCAUAUUAGUGACUCUCUUGAAAGGGUCGCAGUGGGCAAACCCCUUUUUGCCCAUGUGUUCUGUGUAUCUCGCGUGAAAAAGAUCUCGGUAGUGCUCAGAUCCUUCCUAGCAAAACUAACUUCACGGAGAGCAGAACUCCCAUGCUUCUUCUCUUCCCAUUUGACAUGAAAUUUGAACCAGUUAACUUAUUUUUAAAAGGGGGAAGGGGAGAGAGAGAAGAACAUUGUCAUUUAACUACAAAAGGCCCUUCUACCCUGGACCCCUGGAAUGGGUCUCCGUUUCUAGGCAGUACCACAUCAGUAACAUGGUGCUAAUAUUGAAUGUUUUUCUCUGGGUGGGGGCAAAGAGGGGAGCGCCUCGUUCCCAAGCAUGUCCACAAAUGCACAGACCAAGGAGCAGUGAUAUGAGCCAGCCUUGGCCAAGCUGGGACCCUCUGCCUGCUUCGGACUACAACUCCCAUCAGCUGAUGGGAGUUGUAGUCCGAAGCCGCUGGAGAGCCCCGAUUUGGUGGGGGCUGAAUUAUGAGCGGUACUUGAGAACCCCUCCCUGUCGCUUCAUUCAUGCAUUUUUUGCUUGCAUUGAUGAUGAAAUUUUGGGCAGGCUCCACAUUGGGAGGGGGUGGGAGUGUUCUUUCCUAAAAUAAUCUUGUUUGUGUGAUGCAAAACAAGGCCUGACUGCUGCCUCCUUCACCCCCUCCCCUUCCAUGCUGCCCCAUUUCAAUAUUAGCGCUUAACAAAAAAAAAAAGAGAGAGAAUUGUGGUCUUGUAACCAGGUCGUUUUUCUCUUCCUCCCCCCCCCCCCAAUGUAUAGCUCAUCACGUGCCAGACCCUGGACUUAUUCAAGGAAUUAAUAUUUUAAUUAAAAUAGUUUGCAAAAACUGCAUCAGAUCCAUUGGUCUAAAUGUUUUGUGUGUGUGCAUAGUUGCAGGUGUGUGUGUGUGUGUGCUGAGAGGGCCUGAGCAAGCCAGAAAUCCCCACCGAGGGAAGCCAAUUGCAUUUUUAAUUCCAUCCGGAUGCAGAUUCUAUUUCUAGUUUUCUGUGAUGGGUCAAUAAGAAAGCCAGAUUUUAAAUUUGUGCUUUUUUCCCCUGAGGUGCACCUGCACUCUGAAAUGAUUCACAAACCGGAUAGAUGUUUGAGAAUCCCUCAACCUUCCAGCAGUGUUCUUCAGCCUUGGGUCCCCAGAUGAUCAGGGAUGAUGGGAGUUGUAGUCCAACAACUUGGAAGAGUGCUGUGUGGUCUACUUGCAUCCCUCCCCUCUCCAAAAAAAGCUUGUUAGCAGCGUUCGUUCAUUUCAUAUUUAUCCCUAGAAGCUGCCUUCUGGUGUUCCCCUCCCUCCCAUUUAUUUAUUUUUAGCUGAAGAAUCUGUGGCCCUCUAGACUUUUAUGGACUACAGCUCUUGCCACGGUCCCUGUCCAUUAGCCCUGCUGGCUGAUGAGUAACGUCUGAGAGGGACAACAGGCUCCCCACCCCUGACUUCUGGUCUCUUCAUCUUUUUCCUGGUGGCCUUACUCAGCCUUCUCCACAAGGUCCUGACAUCAGCAGUGGAAUCUGCAAAGCAGCCUUGAGGCCGCCUGGCACCCUUCAAGAGCUUUGGGCAGGGCUGGUGGGAGUUGUAGUUUGGAACACCUGGAGGGCACCAGGUGAGCAAAAAGACUGUUGUAAAGGAACAAGUCCAAACUGCAACUGCCUUGAGCAACAGGAGCUGUAGGAGCAAUUUCUGGUGGGAGCCUACCUUCUCUUUGGAGCUUUGAAGCAGCUUCUCUCCUCCCUGGUCUCUAUACAUGUUUCAAGAAAAUAAAAUCCAAACCAUAGCAGAGUUGGAAGGGGACCCAGCGAGUCAUCUAGUCCAGCCCUCCACUGUGCUCCUCUCCAACUUCCUAGCUUCCUGUUUUGAGGGUGGCAGAGCCAGAGCAGCCUGGCAUCUUGUAACAUCUGUUUAAAAAAGCCACAAGCUCGCCCCCCAAAGCCUGCAGGUCUUGUAAAUUUCUUUUUUAACACAAGGGUCUUAAAGAGAUGGUUCCUUCCCAGGAGGUUGAAAGCAGACUCAGAAUGACACCUCUAGGUGCGUGUUUCAUGUGGCUGAUUUAUUUCUAUUUUCUUCCCUCUUUUCACAUUAGCUGCGCAACCGCAGGCCCUCUGAUCCUAACAGCCUUCAUCCUGUGCUAGGAAGGGCAAUGCCGCCUCCGUGGAUCACAGCCCCUCACCUUCUAAAAUGCACAGACGUCUCUUGGGGCUGCGUUUUAUAGUAAAAUGCUCACAAGCACAUCCCAUUUUAUAAACACCGGCGCUCAAUUCUGUAGUUACAUGUUCUGUAUAGAGCAAUGAACUCUCCUCUUUGGCACUGAGACAUUAAAAGGAGUUGUUUUCGAGGUGCUGCUGCCCGCUGUCAUGAACCAGGGUUUGAGGGGCAUCCUUCAGUCUGCACGAGGUUGAUUUGGUGGGUGAGGGGGAAAGACCCCCGUCUCACCUUAUAGAUCACCAAGAGAGUGUCCACUUAGCUUUUCUGGAAACUGGCUGGUUUGGAUUCUUGUAAGUCAAUGUGUCUGAAGGAGAGAAUGAAGAGGUCUAGAUCGCUGGUCUUCCGACUGGUGGGUUAGGAGCCACUACUGGGUUGUGGCCUGAUCCAAGGUGGGUCACAACAGGAGUACUACCACCAUCCAAAGAUAUGGUAAAAAAGAGAGAAAAAUGGGUCCCCAAAUGCAUGUUUGGGUUAAAUGUGGGUCUUAGGUCUGAAAAGGUUGAACGUGCAAGGUCUAGAUCAUGUUUGGAUAGAGACCAUCUGUCUGAUUUCUAGACUUCUGCAGCCAGUGCAAAGUUUGUGUGUGUGUAAGAGCUAGCAAGUACCCAGAUGAUGCUAACUUCUGAAUCGAUAGGUCAUUCCUCUCUAGCAGAGAAGUAUUGAGAGGGCAUGGAUAGAGACCAGUGGUGGUUCUGGUGGUGUUGGACUCCCAACAGCCAGAAGGGUCUGUGGGCAAGGAAGAUGGGAGUCGCAACGACAUUGGGGGGCAGCUUUCCCAUCCCUGCAAUGGGGCACAAAUGAAACACUGCCUUAAAAAGACCCUGGAGGUAGAUUGUCCCACAUACAAAAGCAAGGGUAGCUGUUUUGAGUUCUCUACCUUUCCGGUAGUCAUGCAGCAGAUAAACUGGAAGGUGACCUGAUCUCGGUUGGAAGCUGAGCUGUGGCCUCCUGCCCUUCAAACCCCACAACCCAAGGGCUUCCCUUCAAGAAGACCUGGCCCUAGUCUUCUUAAAACAUCCUUCAGGUCCUUGGAGGAGACUUCAUCGUAGCUCAGGGAGGACAUAUCGGCAGGAAUCUCUGAGCUAGGAUUGCUGUUGAUUCUUCCCAAUCAAUGUUCCUUCUAAGCUUGACUGCCUCACGGUGUUUGAGUCUGGCUUACUCUCGCCAAGCAAGGAUCAUUUUCUGCUUUCCGAUUCCGGUUGUGUAACAAAUGGAACAUCUGCCCCUUUCAGGAAAAGCCCUCCUAGCUAUUGUUGGGAGCCCUCUCCCAAAAUCUUAGGUAAACACCUGUUCCCAGAGGGUGAAAGGGCCGUGUCAGCAAAUGAGGCUUGCAUGAACAAGCGAGGUGUUUGAUCUGCAAGCUUGAGUGCCUCUUAGCAAUCAGUCCCUUCCCUAACCGUCGCUGCCACUCCAGGCUAGGUUCCUAGUGGAGGAUGGGGUGGAAUACGUGGACCAUCCUUCUGUAGCCAAAACCUAGUCGUUUUAACACAUUUUUAACUUCUUUUAAGCAAUUUUUAAACAUUUAAGCCUUGUUUAACCCAAACUUCCAUGUUGAUCUCUUUCCCCCCAGUCAAAUGCAGCCUGGUCUUAAUGAGGACCGGUCUUCUGCCAUCAGGAAGCAAUGCAAACAUUAAAAGAGGAUUUUUCUUCACCACUAGCCCCUCCUGCCUCCUCCUGCCCUCUGGUGCUUAGUAUCCCUGGCAACUCAUUUAGUGGGAAAGGAAAUGUGUUCGCUUACCUGUAAAGAACAAUCACAGCGAAUUGACCUGAGUGAGGGGAGCAUAAACUGUAUGUGCUUACCUUUGAAUUCUAGAAAUUUUCCUCUCCCCUCCUUCCGUCUUUUUUUUUUUCGGUACAAAAUGUUUAAAUUGGUUUUUCCCAAACUUGGACCUUCAGCUGUUUUUGGACUAUGAUUCACCUCAUCCCUGACCGCUGGUCCUGCUAGCUAGGGAUGAUAGGAGUUGAGUCUCCAGCUGUUUUUUAGACUACAAGUUUGGGAAACACUGCUUUCAAUAGAUUUCAUAAGGCGACUGGAUCCAAACUUAACAUUAUGUGGGCUUGAGGAAGUUUAGGGUUGUAUCCAGCUGAGUUUACUCAAGACUACUCAGUUGAAAUUGAUGGACCAAACUUGUUCCUGUUAAUUGAUUUCAGUGGGGCAACUCUUGAGUAGGGCUAACAUUGGAUACAACCCUUUGUGUCUGAUUCCCAAAGUUUGGGCUGGCUGGAUUCUUUAUUGUAUGCCUUUUUUAAACAAAUAUCCUUUUAGCUGUGCCAUUUUUAUUUUGAUUUUUUUACAAGGUGUGGGAGACACUUGCCCUUGGAUUUGAGAGGACAAAGUCCUAAAACACAGCGCUUUAGGGAAAGCAGUAGAUUGGAUGAAGCCCCAUUUUCUUGUUGUUUAAGCCCAGAAUGGCAGAUUUCUAUGGCAACUGCUGGCUCAGCAGAAAGGCCGAAAAGACUAAAGCGAAUGAACUGAAACUUCCAAACACUGAUUUGCGGCAGAAGGGAGCUUUUUUUGCUUUUGGUUUUUAAAUAAAACGGGGGAGAAUCCUGGCUUAAAGGCAGCGAUAGGUAGACUCUUGACCUGUCUGCAAGUUGACCUUCCCCUCCUUCCAAACAUUCUCUGUUUGUGUGAGGAGAUGCGAGGGGCUCUUACCCUCAACUUUCCUGUGAAUGAAUGUGGUGCUGAGGCCUGUUGGCCUCUGCCUGUCAGAUUUGCUUGAGAGUAAAAACGUGAGUUCUCUUGGCACCUGGGAUUUGACACUGACUCAGAGAAAGAAAAUAAUGUGGCCAGCUGGACCCUCUGAUAGAGAUUGUGGGAUCCUGAUUUUUGCAGGAACGAUGGGGAAUUGAGCAUAUCACCUGUAAAGAUGUGACUGUGUUAUGGCAGAAGCUGUGCUCCUGCAUACGCACAGUCCAUUGAAAGCACGUCGCUCCCCCAAAGAAUCUUGGGAACUGUAGUUUUGGAAGGGUACUGGGAACUAGCUCUGGGCAGGGUAAACUAAAGUUCCCCGAAUUCUUUGGGGGAAUGUAGGCUCUGUGUGUUGGGCAGGGGAGAGAACUGUUCCCUGGAUACAACUGGCUCUGUGUUGGUGCGUGGGGCUGAGCUGACCCACAGGCCUUGAGAAAGCAGUGACUUUGGUAUCUAGCAAAUGCGAUUUGGUAUCGCUACCAAAAUGUGUGCCCCUUCGUUUUUCCAGCUUAGAGAGUAGGCUUGAUGCAGACGGUGUGGUGGUGGUGGUUUUUUUAACGCUCCAGUAUGUACCUCCACACACAAAGAAGCUACAUUCACUUGAAAUGGGUGUAAAAACGCUAAAAGGUUUCUGUUCUUAAAAUAAUGGACACAUCUAUUGCUCCUUCCUGACUUCUUCCAUAAAACUGGCCCAUUGGCUUCCUCCUCCUCUUCCUCAGGCUCAGUUUCCCCCUUGUCAAAUUCAGCGGCGGGGAGGAGGGGGACAGAACUAGUUGGCCCUGCCUGUCUUUGCUCUAGCACCCCCUGCUGUUGGGCUCCCUGCCUUCCGCCCUACCAGUCUCAAUGGGCACCAGCCAUCACUUCUGAUGGGAGAUUAGUGCCAAGGAGGAAAUGACUUUGCGUCAAGUGUGGUUUCAACCGCCCGGCUCCUCUCUGCAUUAAUCGGACAGGUGGGCAACUCUGCCCGUCGUCAUCUUAAGGCCUCCGAGGCGAGAGUGUGAGUUGUGAAUAGUGUACAUUUGACAUUUACACCAACCUGAAAGCUUGCUUGUAUCGUGGAGAUUAUUUUAAAACAAAAUCGAGACUUGAUUUCUAAUGAACUAUUAACACAACUUUGAUGUACGUUUUAUCCCACUUGGGGUUCAAAAAAAGCAUCUUGAAUGUAUAAUCUUCCUCUUCCUCCUCUCCUGACUUGUAAGCCGUAAGCAUGGCUUAUUCUGCCAGUGGGGUGUUCUAUUUAUUAAUUUGUAUAAUUAAUUUCCUUCCUCUUCUUGCGUUCAUGGCUUUUUAGUCUGGGUCUGAAGUUAGGGUCUCCCUGUCCCUGCCUAACCCCCUCCCUAUUUAAAUAAAAUCCCAUUUUGUACAUUACAAUUAUGACAUUUUCAAUAUUUUUCAACGAAAUCCUCCUGUCUUGUUUUUAUUUCACCAUUCCCAGUUUGAAGCUUACUCUGCAAGCUAUCUGGUCAUUAUCUCUGACCACUGGCUCUCCUACCCCCCUAAAUAGACCAUCAGUUGAAAGGAAGAAGGAACCCAGCAAGCCCGGGUAGCAGAUUUGCAAUUUGAAAAGAAGAUACCCACUUGUAGUUGUGGAUCACUUUGGGUUGGUAGAGUGGGUUAGGCAGCAAAAUGUUAAAAGGAUCCCUCUGUUUUGAGAGAGAACUGAUGGGUACGGGGGGAGGAGAUCUGCAGGGGACAUUCUGGCUUUUGAGCAUUGAAAGCAAUCUUAGAAUUGCAGAGUUGGAAGGGACCCCAAGAAUCAUCUAGUCUAACCCCCUGCAAUGCGAAGUGGGGCUGAUGAGGGCUAUCAACCUGCCAGGGGUUGAUGGGAAUUGUAGCGCAAAAAUAAAUCUGGAAAAGAACCCGGUUGGCAAAAGAUGGCGCCCAAGCCCACAGUAGGUUUUUAUUUUUUAACAUAUGAGUCCACACCUUCCACCCAGAUUCCUUAAAAGCAAUCCCUUUGGGGAAUCCCUCUCCAGAGCACCCUGUCUUUUUGGGUGCAGAGAAGAUCCAGAGGAACCGUUUUUAAACAGGGUCAGCCUGAGCUCAUCCUUUGACCAAACCUCCUCCAUAUUGCCGUGGUUUCACAAAAGAUCAAGGUGAAUUCAUUGGGCAGGACAGCUGAGUUGAAAGCUGCACAGCUUCAUUAUUUUGGUUUGGGGGAUUUUGUUUUUUAAAAAGCUUUAUCCGUAGCAAGCCAGUUGCACGCAAGUCUAAACAAGGACCAGGUUGUCCCCCAGCCGCUUAAGGCGGAGGCUUUGCCGGGCACCGACCUUUGAGACCCAGCUAGAGGUGUGCAUUUUCGCCGGCGGGCAAAGCAAGCCUCUCUCCUCGCUCUCUCUUGUACAAUACUUCUCGUCAGUAUUCCGGUCUUUUCUUCUGGUUCAGGCGUACACGAUAGCUCAUAUAACCUGUAUUAAUUGUAUAGAUUGUGCAUUUACAGCUGUUACCAACCCAGUUGUUUCGGGGGCAGUUGGGGGAGGGGGAGGGAAAUCAAGAGAACAAAAAGAGGUGAUAUGUAAUAUUUUGUUUGUAAGUAUCCUUUGUAUCAUAGCAAAGGAAAUGUUUUAAAAAAAGGAGCUGUAAUAAAGUAAUUUUAGUA